AUGGCGUCCGGUAAUAACAUCAAGGUUGUGUGUCGAUUCCGUCCGAUGAAUCGGAUGGAGGUCGAGGCCAAAUCUGAACGAUGCGUCGCGAUCACCGACGACUCGCUCACAGUGGCGAUGAAGAGUGCAGGGUCGCUCGCUGGUCCGGAGAAGGACGGCUUCACAUUCGAUCGCGUUUUCGACGAGCAGUCGAGGCAACAGGACAUCUUCGACUUUGGCGUCAAGACGAUCGUUGAGGAUGUCAUGACUGGCUUCAACGGCACGCUGUUCUGUUAUGGUCAGACGGGCUCAGGAAAGACUUUCACCAUGAUGGGUGCGGAUAUCGAGAACGCGGCGCUCAAGGGUCUCAUUCCCCGUAUCACGGAACAGAUCUUUGCCUCGAUUGUUGCAGCCGAGAGCAACAUCGAGUACACCGUCAAGGUUAGCUACAUGGAAAUCUACAUGGAGAAGAUCAAGGACCUGCUCGCCCCGCACAACGACAACCUCUCGAUCCACGAGGACAAGGCGCGCGGUGUGUACGUCAAGGGCCUGACCGAUGUCUACGUCGCUUCCGAGGCUGAGGUGUUUGACGUCAUGCGGGCCGGCGGUGCCAGCCGUGCCGUCUCGUCCACGAACAUGAACGCCGAGUCGUCGCGCUCCCACUCGAUCUUCGUCAUCGGCGUGCACCAGCGUAACACCGAGAGCGGCAGCCAGAAGUCGGGUAACCUUUACCUUGUUGAUUUGGCUGGUUCGGAGAAGGUUGGCAAGACUGGAGCAUCUGGCCAGACUCUCGAGGAGGCAAAGAAGAUCAACAAGAGUUUGUCCGCGCUCGGCAUGGUCAUCAACGCUCUGACGGACGGAAAGUCGACGCACAUUCCCUAUCGUGACUCCAAACUCACGCGUAUCCUGCAAGAGUCGCUUGGUGGUAACUCGCGCACGACGCUCAUUAUCAACUGCUCUCCAGCAUCGUUCAACGAACCAGAGACCCUCUCGACACUGCGCUUUGGUAUGCGCGCCAAGUCGAUCAAGAACAAGGCCAGGGUCAACGUCGAACUGUCUCCCGCAGAACUCCGGGCGAUGCUCAAGAAGCUCACUGCCGAGCUUGGCAUGUCUCGAGAGUAUGCGGCGAUGCUGGAGGAAGAGGUCAAGGUGUGGCGCAGCGGCGUCAAGGUCGAGCAGGACAAGUGGACGUCGCCGAUGGCCAGCAGCGGCCUGACCGCCAGCAUUCGCAAAGCUAUUUCCACCAGCCCAACACCCUCAUCUCUCUCCCGGCCCGACACGCCGACUGCCUUUGGCGUCUUGGACAAGGACGAGAAGGAGGAGUUCCUGCGUCGCGAGAACGAGCUCAGCGACCAACUUGCUGAGCGUGAGAGCGCCCUUGCUGCUCGCGAGAAGGCCCUCAACGAGCUCAAGGACGAGGUCGAAUUCCUCAAGGAGCAGGAGAUGUCGCUCAUGAAGGAGAACAAGACUUCGACUGCCGACGCCUCCGAGCUACGUAUCCUCAACGCGCGCCUCGAGACAGAGAUCAAGGACCAAACCAUCUCCCUCGACACGUUCAAGGACCAGGUCGCCGAUCUCAAGCGCGAGAUCGACGAGCAGAAGGCAGAGAUCGAGGAGCGCAAGAAGGUCCAGUCGCGCGAGAAGGAGGAGGAGAAGGAGAAGCGCAAGCAGGAGAUGCUCAACGAGAUGAUGGCAAAGAUCGACAUGGGAGGUGUUAAUCUCGACGCUGCUGGGGAAAAGCUCCGUCUGCACAUCAAGAAGGUCGAGGAUUCGAGCUCUGGCCAGGAGCAGAUUUCUACCGAGCUGCGUGACCUUGUGCGCAACCACUUUGCCGAGAACCAGAACAUCAUGCGCGACUGCCAGGAGCGCUUGCGACUGGCGCAGGACAAUGCCGAGCUGCAAUCAAAGCGCAAGGCCGAGGUCGAGAAGCUCCUCGACCAGCGCAACCGCGAGUACGAGGACCUGUUGGCGCGCUCCGCCGAGUCCAACGACCCACUGGCCGUCGCUGAGGUCAAGGAGCGUCUCGAGGCCAAAUGGUCUGCGCAGGAGGAGAUGCUCAAGGGCGAGAUCAAGGCACUCACCGAGCACGCCGACAAGUCGGCGAGCGAGAUCCGCCGUCUGCAAAGCACCAUUGAGACGUACAAGCUCGGCAACGAGGAGCUGAACCGUGCACUCGAGGCCGCGUCGUCUGGGCACGAGGACGGUGAGAAGUUUGCCACUGCCGCGCGCGAGCUCGAGCGCCAGCGCAAGCAGUACGACAUCCAGUACGCCGAGUUUGAGAUUGUGCGCAAGAGCUUGAUGAAGGAUCUCCAGAACCGGUGUGAGAAGGUCGUCGAACUCGAGAUGCAGCUGGACGAGGUGCGCGAGCAAUACAAGGUGAUCGCGCGCUCGGCAAGCUCGCGCAACCAGCAGAAGAAGCUCGAGUUCCUCGAGCACAACCUCGACGCGCUCAACCAGGUGCAAAAGCAGCUGGUGGACCAGAACACGCAGCUCAAGAAGGAGGUUGGUGUUGCAGAGCGCAAGCUCAUCACGCGCAACGAGCGCAUCCAGAACCUCGAGCAGCUGCUCAACGACGCCGACGCACGGCUGGCCCAGAAGAACCAGCGGUACGAGCAGCAGAUCGAGGGCUUCCGCUCCCGCCUUGCCGAGAUGCAAGCACGCGAGCAGGCCAACUUCAACCACGCGCGCAUCGCCAAGCCGCUGCGCGGCGGCGGCGGUGGCGGUGGCGCUCCUGCUACCCCUUCAAACCCCUUCGCCAACCCCAUCACAAGGGUGCAGCACGACGAGAGCCCCGCAAGCGCAAAACGCCAGUCGUGGUUCUUCGGCAACUCACCGGCCCGUUCAUAG